CAGGAGGUGCCGCUUGUACCGGAUGACCUUCUGCUUUUGUUACUCUUUCAGGCUCUGCGCCGCCCUACGCCCCCUACAGGCAGCCUGAGCUCCCGAGGGAUGCUGGGAGUUGUAGUGCACAGACUGCCGGGGAGCCACAGGUUGCAGGAGAGGAUCAGACUCGCCCAGCUGAGCGCACAGGGGACAGCGGAGGCGCCACCUCUUUGCACUCACCGACUGACACACAGGCGCCUCCCCCCGCCUCCCUCUCCCCUGCGGCCGGGCUGUCAGGCUGUAGCCGAGCAGCGAGUGAAUGAGCCGGGGAGGAGCGCACGGAGAGUCCGCAGCAGCCACAGCAGCAAUAAGCCGAGGAGGCGCAGCAUCAGCACCACCAGCCUGAGCAUGUCAGCGGAGCCGCAGCAGCAGCAGAGCGAUUCCCCGCUGCACAGCCCGCAGCCCCCAGCGGCACAGCCCAUCGGGUGGCCCAUCUGCAGGGAUAGCUACGAACUGCAGGAGGUUAUUGGCAGUGGUGCGACGGCUGUGGUUCAGGCAGCUCUAUGCAAACCCAGACAAGAACGAGUCGCCAUAAAGCGAAUCAAUUUAGAAAAAUGCCAGACAAGUAUGGAUGAGCUGCUUAAAGAAAUCCAAGCCAUGAGUCAGUGCAGCCACCCUAAUAUUGUGACAUAUUAUACUUCGUUUGUGGUGAAGGAAGAGCUUUGGCUUGUCAUGAAAUUAUUAAGUGGAGGUUCCAUGUUGGAUAUUAUAAAGCAUGUAGUAGGCAGGGGAGAACAUAAGAAUGGGGUGCUGGAAGAGUCAAUCAUUGCAACGAUUCUUAAAGAAGUUUUGGAAGGUCUUGAUUAUCUGCACCGGAAUGGACAGAUUCACAGGGACUUAAAAGCUGGCAAUAUCCUCUUAGGAGAAGAUGGGUCUGUGCAGAUAGCAGAUUUUGGAGUGAGUUCCUUUUUAGCAACAGGUGGUGACGUCACCAGGAAUAAAGUAAGGAAAACAUUUGUGGGGACUCCAUGCUGGAUGGCACCCGAAGUGAUGGAGCAGGUGAGAGGCUAUGACUUUAAGGCUGAUAUGUGGAGUUUUGGAAUAACUGCCAUUGAAUUAGCAACCGGUGCUGCUCCUUAUCACAAGUAUCCUCCAAUGAAGGUCUUAAUGUUGACCCUGCAGAACGACCCUCCCACCCUAGAGACAGGAGUGGAAGACAAAGAGAUGAUGAGGAAGUAUGGGAAAUCGUUUAGAAAGCUCAUUUCGUUGUGUCUCCAAAAAGAUCCAUCAAAGAGGCCAACAGCAGCUGAACUACUAAAGUGUAAAUUCUUCCAAAAAUCUAAGAAUAGGGAGUAUCUCAUUGAGAAACUGCUCAUCAAAACACCAAAUAUUGCACUGAGGGGGAAGAAGGUCCGCCGAGUACCUGGGUCAAGUGGUCAUCUACACAAAAAUGAAGACGGAGACUGGGAAUGGAGCGAUGAUGAGUUAGAGGAGAAGAGUUCAGAAUUUAAAGAUUCAUAUUCCAAAGAAAAGUCAAGACGAGACAAUGAAAGUAAUAAUGCAGAGAUUACGACAGAUAGCAAUAUGCAAACACGAAUACAAAACUUAUCUCUACAGGACACUCAGGCACAAUCUAAUGAAAGCCAUGUAGAAAGCGGGCUGCCAUCUGCUGUUAACCUUGUUCUGAGGUUAAGGAAUUCCAGAAAAGAACUAAAUGACAUACGAUUUGAGUUUACUCCAGGAAGGGAUACAGCAGAUGGUGUUUCGCAGGAGCUUUUCUCAGCAGGACUCGUGGACGGCCAUGAUGUAGUUAUAGUUGCUGCUAAUUUGCAGAAGAUGAUAGAUGACCCACUGACAUAUAAAUCUUUAACUUUUAAGCUGGUAUCCGGUUGUGAUGGGACAGAGAUUCCUGAUGAAGUGAAGCUGAUUGGAUUUGCCCAGCUUAGCAUUAGCUGAUUAGGAAGCACUUUGUCGACCUGUAGGAUCACAAUUUUGGAAGAGGCCAUCUUAUACAAAAAAAGGGAAAAUAACAUAACACAAAACUUCCUUCAUAUUCUAGACAUUGACAAAUAGGCUACAAGCUUGAAUGGACUACUUGCCUGCCGCAGUUUGUGGAAUCUACAGCGCUGACUGCCAGCGCUAUAGAUUCUAUAACUAGCAGCAAACAAGCCGGAGCUCAAAGGGUCAAAGUCGUUAUCCAAGGAGAUAGUUUUGGAAAUCCCAAGAUAAAACCAAAAAACAUAAAAUAAUGAAAGUUGCACUUCAAGCUAAUGUCAAUAAUUCUUAGUUAUAGUUACUGAUACUGGGUAUUUUAUAACCAAUAGCUCUUUCUCUGUUUAUUGUAAAAAAUAAUAAUAAUAAUCUGCUAUUUUAAUUGUACUGUUGAUUGACAAGACGGCCUAUUUUCUGUAUCAUUUUAAAACUAAUAUAAUUCUGAAAAAAAAAAAUGAUUUAUUAGCCAAACUUGAAUCCUAGUUGUAAAGAGAACUGUGAAUUUUAUUUUCAUAUAUUUAAGAAUUGCACAUCCGAUGAUUGUGUUGUUAAAUAGCGUAAUAGCUGCAGCAUACAUGUUAAGGGGUGAUUCUGUGCUAGAGGGGUCUUUAAAUGCUUAAAAAGUCAGGACAGGGACUUGCGGCGGGCGACUAAUAAGCUGCUACUCCAUUUCAGCUCCAAGCUUAUCCCCUGUAGUCCAUGUGCUCCAAGGUUUCCCAUACUGAGAUAUGUGCGUUCAUGUUCUCUAUUCUCUGCGUGCAUCGCUAUUACAACUUGUAUGCCUCUGCAUGAGCAUUUAGCGGUGCUGGAAUUGGUCAUUCAAAAGCACAUUCCUUUGUAGAUCUAAUAAUUAUACAGUAAUGAUAUUGUCUGUAAGCAGGGUCUAUUUAUUUUCCAUUAAAAUGCAGUAUUGUGUAAGAGCAGAGCUGAGACACCCAAUAUGGCGGCUCCUAAUUAUGUGUAUGAAUGCAAAUAUGAUAAACAUAGUAACAUAGUAAGUUGGGUUGAAAAAAGACAUACGUCCAUCACGUUCAACCAUAAUGCCUAUAUAUAACCUGCCUAACUUGUAGUUGAUCCAGAGGAAGGCAAAAAACCCCAUCUGAAGCCUCUCUAAUUUGCCGCAGAGGGGAAAAAAAAUCCUUCCAAGACUCCAAGAUGGUCAGUAGAGUCCAACAUGGGUAAGCGCUGCUCUUACACUUUUACUAUUUAGGAGAAUAUAUAGCAGAAGGUAAAGCCGGUAUAUAAAAGGAUAGUCAUACGGCAGGGUUUUGUAUUUACACCGCUGGCAUAAAGUUCACUGUAUCUUUAAAAGGAAGGUCUGUCAGAAUGAAAAUAAUAAUAAUUUUGCUCCUAAUAACAUUUUGGUAUUUGCUGAUUCCUCUUUUUUGUGUGUAAAAUGUUUAUUUAAUGUAGGACAUUGAGCUGGAAGCAAUGGAGAUUAUUAUUGGCCUAUUAUUAAUGAUUGUGGCAUGAAUUCUGAAUGAAUGGGCUUUGGUUAAGCCAUACACAUCAUCAAAGGUGCCACUACAUCAAACAAUGACAUUCUUGACAGUUUUGUUAGCAAUUUUAGCAGGAUAAUAACCCUAUGCACAAAAUAAGGUACAUACAGACUGGGUUUGUAGAGACUGGAGUGGAAGAACUUGACUUCUCAAAGUCCUGAUUUCAACCCAAGCCAGGCCUGAUCCCCAACUACCUCUGUUGUGUAAAUGGAAGUUAAUCCUUGUGGGAAGCCUUCAAAGCCUGCAACCCUGACUUCAACCCAACAGACCACCCGUGGGAUCUGUAUCUGGGAUCAGCAUCUAGCGGAAAGCCUUCCCAGAAGAGUAGAAAUGCUGAGUUAGCAGCAAAAGGAGGGAAAACCUUUUAUUAAAGGGGUGGUUCAGCUUGAACUUAACUUUUAGUAUAGACGUUAAUAUUCUGAGACAAUAUACAAUUGAUUUAAAUGUUUUACUAUUUUUGGCUUUUCAGUUAUUUAGAUUUUUGUUUAGCAGCUCUCCAGUUUGAAAUCUCAGCAGCUAUCUGGUUGCUAGGGUCUUGUUUACCUUCGCAACCAGGCUGUGGUUUAAAUGAGAGACUGGAAUAUGAAUAGGAGAGGGCCUAAAUGGAAAGAUCAGGAAUAACAAGUAACAAUUAUACAAACACAUUGUUAGCUCGCAGAGCAAUAGUUUUUUUAGUUGCCGGGGUCAGUGACCCCCUUUUGAAAGAAGAAGAGGAAUUUGUCUAUUAUUCCAAUUAAUAUUAACUGUGGAUUAAAGAAUGUUCUUUAAAUGUAGCCAGUGGAUUCCCCAUGUUUCCAAGUCCUACGGAUAUUUUAGGGAUUUUUUUUAGGAGCACUUAGUAAAUGUUAACAGUUAUAGCCAAAACGUAGGUGCCUUGAAGUUAAAGCAGUGUAGGAAUGUGCCAGGAGCUGCCUUUGCGCAUUGCACAAUAUUCCGGUGGGAGUUUUAAAAAAAUCGUUUAAAAAAAAUCAGGGGCACGUCUAGUAAUAGCAAGUUGCUGGGCUGCAAAUCCAUUGUGGCUUUCAUUAUACCCAUUGAUGUUGCCUGUGUUUGGAUUCCAUUCCAAAUCAUUUCUUGUUAGAUGCUCAGGAAUAUCCUUAAAGCUUGUUAGAAGUCAGCCAUAUUUUUGAUUAUCUUGUAUGUCAAUAUGGAUGACGGCGCUAAUAUUGUAUUUGCAUUAAGUUUCUUGGUGAGUUUGGAAUGCAAAUUUGUGAGACUGUACAGGGUGUCAGGGCAGGGGAUUGAAGGGUUAAAAUGUGUAAUCUUAAAUGCCAGCUGGUUUCCAAUUAGGUAGCGUUAUCCCAGUUUCAAUCUAUAGGACCAGAAUUUAGGGACGGCUGUACUAAGCACAAAUAAGUAGAAGAGCCAUUUUAUGAUUUUCUUAGUUUAAUUACCCCAUUGUUAUAGAUUUACUAUGGCGUUAGAUAAUAUGAGUAAAAUGCCUAUUUGGCAUAUGUAAGGUAAGAAAUUGUAGAAAUAAUCUGUAUUGUAAGGGGUUGCCUUUGUAAAAGGCUCACACGGGGCAAGACUAUUUCAUCCUCAGAGUACGUGCAGGGGCGCUGCUGCCAUAAGGCGAGUUACGAGGGGAGGGUUUUGCUCCUGGUAACUUCUAGAGCCAAAAUUCACAUUCUUAAAUCGGAAUUUUGGCUCUUCUAGUUCAAACAGCCCCCCCCCCCCCACCACAGGGCAGCCAAGGGGUGAGAAACGCCCUUUUACAUGCCCCACCAACAAUAUGGCAGCUCUAAGUACAAAUGCAAAGAUACAGCAUUCAUCAUUUUACCAUGCCCCCAUACUAACAGAAAAUAUGUUGAUGAUGAAUUAGUUUAAGCUAAUACCUAUAAAUUGUCUUUUUAGUUAUUGGCAGUGCAAAUGAAGGCAGGAUUUGCUCUAUUGCUUAACCUAAGGGAGGUGCUUAUCUUUAAGACAGGAGCAUUGGUUUAUUCAAAGAGCAGUGCCCUCUGUCUGUUAAUUCAUAUUAUACAUAUGCAGCCCCAGAGUAUCUAGAUCGGGGCGCCCCAACCUUUUUUACCUGCAAAAACAUUAGGGAAAAUGUUGGGAAGCAACACAACCAUGAAAAAGCUCCUGGGGGUGCCAAAUAGGGGCUGUGGUUGGCUACUGGAAGCCCCAGGUUGGCUACUGGAAGCCCCAGUGUGGACUGGCAGCCUACAGGAGGCUCUGUUUGGCCGGUACACCUGGGUUUUAUGCAAACAAAACUUGCUUCUCAGAAACUCAAUAAUAAGCACCUGCUUUCAGACCAACAGAGCAACCAGCAGACCAAUCAGAGCAACAACCAUGGGGCUGAAGAGAAAAAAAGCUCAGCUGCUGAGCUUUAAGUUCAAAGGGUACUGAUGUUAAAAUGCAUAUUUUUAGUUUCCCUGAAAAUUUCACAAAUCACAAUAUUAUAUGACGUACGGUGGUGGGGGGGAGGAUUUACUAUACAGCUAGCAACAUAAUUGUCCCUUUUUAUGGGUGAGGGGGAGAUACUCCUGGGACUAUUUUAGUUUCCUUUCUGGUAAGCAACAUAAGGCCUUAGAUACACUCUUAGGAUCAGAGCCCAAGGGACAAAGAAGAAUCAACUACUCUUCAGCUCUUCACAUUUACUACAAUAUUUCCUACAUUGCUGCUGGGAUUGGGAAGUAAAGUCAUAGGGAGGUUUGGCUGUAACACUAGAGAUCCAAUGGUAACAGAUAUUUAGAGCUACUUUAAAGGGGGUGUAAUGUCAAAAUAUUAACUAGCCCUAAGAUAGGAAAGUACUGAAAAAAUAACUUAUUUUGUUCUAAAAAAAUCAGAGGGCAAAGCAGGUAAAACAGGGUAAAACACAGCUAACUGGAACUCUGUAUUCUCAGUGUCUGCGGCUGAAUAAGGAGUGGGCGUGUCUCACUUUCAGCUCAUGUUUCACUUCCUUAUUUGUGCCUGACUUGCUCUUAUCAGCAACUGACCAAUGACAGUCCAGUAAACUCAUGUGCUUUUUUUUCAAGUCUGGUAUAGGACAGUCCCUGCUCUUUUUUUUUUAAACCAUGAUGGCCACUGGCCCUAUUCGUUUCCAGGAGCUGUAAUCAGAGCUAAUUUCAGAGAAAUAGCAUAAGAUGCAAAAUACAAAGGUUUCUAAUUAAAAAAAUGGUAGAGAAUCUUUAAUGGGUGUAUCUUGCAAACAUAUAUAUAACACACAAAGAUGAUUUCUGACUUUACAUCCCCUUUAAAUUAGCUUUUUUUGGGGGGGGAGGGUGGUUUAAAAAUUCCUUAGUCUGUUCCUUAUGUUUAUAGUAACUAAACGUAUUGAAUACACCAGAGGCCUUGGUAGUGUGUUAGAAUCAGUAUAAAUGGAAGUGUUCAUUUACUGACAAAUGUGCCAUUUGUAAACUCAGAGAUAAUGAAAAAAUGUGGAUUUCAGAGCCGAGAGGCCAUUUCAGCCAGGCCACGCUAAGAAACCAUAAUAUUAAUUCACUUUUGGAAAUAAAAAACAUGAAGCUGAUAUCUACUUCUGCCACUUACAUAUUCUCCUUUGCACCAAUAAUGCACCUGUAAGUACUGUACUUUAUGGUGCAAAGCUAUUAUUUCCCCCAAAAUUAGUGCCUAAUUCUCGUCUUAAACCUCUAAGUACAGUAUAUUUUGCUUUGCUGAAACUGCUAAAUCCACUUGCUAAUGUGGUUUACACUUCAAUUAAAUUCUGUAAGAUCACUUCACCGGUUAGUUCCACUUAAAAUGUAGGUAAAUGGCGCACAAAUGGUCUAGUGAGUGUAGAAUAUGUCCCUUACGCCAUCGUUCCAAGGAAGCCUAUUAUAUUUGUUUAGCAAUAUUGUGUGCAAUACAUGAUUGGGACGGUCACUAUGCUGUAUAAACGUAUAGAAGCCUCAUACUGACUAGCAGUUUGUGUGUAUGUGGAAUCUGAUCUGGUUGGACUAGGUAAUGUUGGUCUGUUUAGCUGGAUCACUGAUGAUACCCUUGGACGGGUCUCUAAAACCAACAGCCCUAUGUUACAUAGCAUACAGCCCCCUGUACCUCCAUUACUUGCUUUCUUCAAGAGCUGCCUUCCUACUCCAAUAUUAAGACUUAAUUCAGCCAUAUACAGGCCGACCGAGGAGCCAAACAGACACAUGGUAUGGGCUGCUUCUUAUUGUUCUGAUCAGUCUGCAGUGCCCGAUUCACUGACCAACUGAUAACCAUAAACCAUGGAUAUCAGCCAAGAUUGAUGGGACAACAUACGUGCACGGAUAUGUUUCAACUCCAGCUUACCAUUAUAUCUACUGUAAUCCAUCGCCUAUAGGUGUGCAGUGGUGCUCAAACGUAACAUGCUGGAAGAACAAGAGAAGGAAUUUCAUGGAGAUGGAUUUGGUAGUUAAACGUGGCGGUGGCUGUAUUUUAUGUGUCCUAGGGCUCAAUGCUGUAGGAAGCGGCACAGCAGCCCUAUGCCAUAAAAGUAAUUCAACUGACCAAGCUCUAGGUGCCCUUUAAACACCAUUAUAAUCCAACGCAGCCUCUGUUUAAGGGUUGGUAGGAGCUGCAGCAUGCAGCUGACUGGUUCUUAUAGGCUUUAUUAUUAGUGAAGAGCAAAUUUUUUUGCCAGGCAUGGAUUCGUAGUGAAUUUUCACAUUUUGCCAUUGGCAAAUUGUUUUGCGAAACUUCAGCAAAAAUCGGGCUCCAAAAAAUGUAUUGCACGUCAAAAGAAAAGUUGCGGUCGCGUCAAAAUGGGCUCAGUUGCAUCAAAAAUAGGCACGGUCACGGCAAAAAAAAGACGUGCACAACAAAAAAAGAUGUGCGCAAUGAAAAAUUUGCAUGGCAAACGCGUUUCGCGUACUUUUACAAUUUUGCUAAUUUUCAGGUCGUUUCGCAAAGUUUUCGGCGAAGCGGAACGGGACCGAUUGGCUCAUCACUAUUCAUUAUAGUUUAGGAUAUAGUUAUUUGGGUCCAUGCUCAAGUCUAUUUAUAUAAGACAUGGCUCAUGAGUGCACAUGAAGAAGGUCAUUUCUUGAUUUGCACCUUUAGUACUUAGCUAAUCCCAUGUAAAAUGCUUUCCCUCAGUGGAAUACAGUAACUAUAUAUUAUUAAGAAAAGUUAUAAUGCCAGAUUUUGUAGGGUGUUUCAGCCAUUUUCAAUUGGCUUAAUGUAACUCAGUUUCAUUUAAAUGUUUACACAAAAGGUCUGAAUUGAUGAUUACAAUGGUAAAAGGAAAUAAAAAAUGUACUAUAUAA